CAAAACAUAUUUUAUGGUCUACAAAAAACAUCAGUCAUGAAGGAUGACAUGAGGGUGAGUAAAUGAAAUCAACAAUUUGGUGAACUAUCCCUUUAAGAGGAUCAACGCUAAAAACAUAGACACACAUAAAUGGAAAAUAAGGAUCUGAGGUGGAUCUAUUUGCACAAGAGAAAGUUCAGUUAAAGAACGAGAGGCUGCAGGUGAAGUUAAAGAGAAAGGAGGAGGAGGAGGGGAGCCCAGGGAGGGGAAAUGGAGAUGGAUUUCCCGUAAAUCAGCUCCAUCCAAUCAGAGCACAGAUGCUGUUUACAUGGCAGAGAGCCAGCAGGAAUCAAUCGUCAGAGGUGUAGCUGACGAAAGGAGAGAGAGAGAAAGAGAAGGAACCGGCUGUGAUAGAUCGGAUCAUAUCAUACGAGAUCUCUCAUGUUUUGCUCUAUGCAUGUGAAGCUGCAUUUAAAAAGCGAAUUUCAGGAUGCCUCGAAUUUUGAACUCCACUGUCCCGUUCUCUGUCAUGGACCAAAGGGACAUCAAAGCUUUCAACUGCCCCAGCUUGGGCCCAGGCUCUCGCGCCGAGAGAAAAGGAGGAGAGCGGGACAAACCCAAUCAGUUGAAUAUCUGGACGGCCAUAGAACUUGGAACUGCCGACCAUGAGUGGACACAGAGGACCGAGAAACAAUCCAUUAUUGCACAGGCAGAGUGUGAGUCCCAGGAUUCACAGGAGUUCUGCCCCAAUGGCAGCAUCUCCUCCAAGUUGUUUCUUGGAGCCUUCCCUCGCAGUCGGCCCAAAAAGAAACGGCAUAAGAAACAGCGGCGAAAACAGGCCGAGAGGGACAGCCGAGUGAGUGAGUCUGUGGGAGUCUCCGGAGUGCCAGAACAGGACAGCGGCGAGUGCCUUUCUUCAUCUCUCAUUCAGGUUAGAGAUCCAGUGUGCAUCAGCAGCAGCAACAACAGUAGUGCGUACAGCAGCAGUGGCCUCAGCACGGAGAGGGUGUCUGUGCAGGAAACAGAGGGCCCCUCGAACUCUUAUGAGUGGGAGUCCCGGCGGACCUCCUUACCCAGACCCUCCUGCUGCCAGGGCUACAGCCAAGAGAGCGAGGAGCUGAAUUCUCCCCUGAGGAGUGAGACUGAAUGCCCUCUGGCUUGUACGGCCCUAAGGAACUUUGUUACAAGCGAAGAUCGCUGCUUUGCAUAUGGCUUUGUCACUGAUUUGCUGAGAGAGGAGAGGGAGAGGGAUGAGGACGACAGAGAGGAGAGAGACAAGAAUGAAGGGAUCCUGUUCAAAAAGGGGCUAAAACCAGUGAAUUAUGAGUACAGAGAGGGACUGGAAUAUGAACGCUGUAGAUUUCUCAAGCAGGGCUCCUUUGGAGAGGUCUACAGCAUCAAAGACAAAGGCACUGGCUUCAUGUGUGCCACCAAAAAGGUGCCGUUGGUGAGUUUCAGCAGUGAGGAGGUGGGCUCGUGGAGUGCCCUGCAGUCUCCUCAGGUGGUUGAACUCUUCGGAGUGGUGCGUGAAGGUCCUUCCAUCAUCCUCUUCAUGGACCUUAAAUCCAGUUCUCUAGGACAGCUGGUGGAGGAACGAGGCCGUCUGCCAGAGGAUCUGUCCCUGCACUACUUUCAACAACUAUUGGGGGCGCUAAACCACCUGCACAAGAAGCGCGUCCUUCAUCUAGACAUCAAAGCGGAUAAUAUUUUGCUGUCAGAAGAUGGGAAAGAUGCAUUCCUGUGUGACUUCGGAUACUCUGAGAGAUUGGACAAACAGGGGCUUAGUUAUUGUAAGAGUCUGAAAGGCACAGAAAGUCAUAUGGCACCUGAGGUGGUGCUCAGUGAGCCGCGCUCUUCGAAAGCAGACAUCUGGAGCAGCUGCUGUAUGCUUCUGCACAUGCUCAACGGCUGUCAUCCUUGGACCCGCUACUAUUCCCACCCACUAUACCUCAAGAUAGCAGAAGAGCCUCCUCCAGUGAGGGAAAUCCCUCCGGACUGCAGCUCCUAUACAGCAGAUGUCAUAAGAUCAGGACUGCAGAAAGAUCCAAACACACGAGCCUCUGCCAAACAACUUUUUGUUAAAACUGCUAAAGCACUUAAAGAAGUGGGGGGACUUCGCAGCUCCGCAAGAGGAGGAACCUAUCAGAAGCCACUGGGGAAGCCUGAGAAUCCAGACUCCGCCCACACAGCCACACCCACCACAUCCCACCACACCACUUCCUCUGAGAACUCUGAGCAGCAGUGGAUGAGCUCGGAUUCGAAGAGGAGAGCGGAUGAUAAGGAACGUAAUGAUGAGCCAGACGAGGUAAAACAGGGGAAACAGACAGAGGAGACGAGAAACGAUGAGCAGUCUCCUCCGAAGUCACUGCUCCACAUUCAAACCACUUCACCUGAGCCACAGAUCAUCAAUAAGACCGAGCCAGAAGCAACAGCGCCAGAAAAAGAGCUGUGGAAAGCUCUCCUUGCAGAUUUCUACGUGAGCAGUCUUUCCCAUCCUCAUUCUGCUGAGCAACAGGAGCAGUUGCUCUCGUGUAUCAGCAGCGACGACCUUUACUCCAGAGAAUACUGGGACAAGAAGGAUUCAGGGCGUGGGUCAGACGGUUCCUAUGAUGACCUUAGCUCAGGCGUGUUUUCUUACAACAGCCAACAAGAUGGCCAGAGCUUCAGCAGGGACAGGCUGCCCCCCACACACGGCCCCCCGCCCCGCUGCUUUGACGGUGUGGAUGUUUAUAUUAGGGACUUUGACGGGCGAUGCUUUCACAUUCGGGAGAUGCCUGGGGUGAAAGUAGGCCAUGUUGCAAGAGGAAUCAGCGACCAGAUUUCAGAGAACGUGUUCAGUCUGCGAACAGAGGAUGGUUGCUUGGUGUCCCAUGACAAAGAGGUCCUAGAGAACAGCCUGUUUUUGCGCUGCGUCCCGGCCCCUGACUCCAGCCACUAUCAUACCGACUGCAAACUGCCAUGGAGCUGGAGGAUCAGAGACGGGAUGCUGGAGACUAGAGACUGAUCUCUCCAUCUCCAUCUGUUCCUGCCGAACUUUCUGUUCCAAAGUACCUUUGCAUUCAGUUAGUAUGCAUGAAUCUCAUCUGUGCCUCUUGUCGGCCAAACUUUUGAGCCCUUGUCAUAUUAUUGAUUUACAUUCUCAGUAUUUGGUUGUUGUUUUAACGAUGUAUGUCUUUUGUUGCGCUGUGUUCUGUAGAACAUUGUGUGCCCUCAAAGAGUUAUUUCAUGAUUAAUAGUAAGAUUCAAAAGCAUUUAGAUCAAGUAUAUGCCUUAAACCUUGAGCCUAUAUGAGUAAGUUUUAAAUGUCAGUAUGGUUUACCAUGUACCAUAUGAAAUAAUCACUGAUCUCCUUUCUAAGAACUGUAUUUUAGAUUCAUUCAAUAAAAAUAUGCUUUUUUUGC